GUUCCCGUUCGCGGUGUUCCGUUCCCGUUCGCGGUGCUCGGUUCCCGGUGCUCGGUACUCGGCCGGGCCGGCAGCAGGUCGGGCGGCUGUGAGAGGGGCUGGGCGGGAGCAGCAGCGCGGGCUGAGGGGUGAGCGGGCGGCGCGGUCCCCUCAGGCCGCUCGCUUGCUCUGGCCGCUGCUUCCCUCCCCUCAGCGUGGCCAGAAGCGCCGCUUUCCGUAAAUAAGCGCCUGGGAUGGAUCAGCAGAGACUUCAGACGUGAAGGAAUUGUGGUAAACGUGAACACGGGCAGCUGUGGCGGUGUCCGCCCUCACGGCUCCCCCGGCCGAGGUGCUGCCUUCACUCUUCUCCGUGUGCUGUUCCCCCUCCGCAGCUUUGCUCACCCACUGUGAGAACAUCGCUUCUCAGCCGCUGCUGUGCAAACUUUAGGAUUAACUGAACUAAACACGCUCACUUUUCCAACUACUUAUGCUUUGGGUUUCUCCAUGUCCCUGACCCCUGGAACUCUGAUCACUGUGACCUAUCCAUAAUGCAUUUUCAUGUUUUUGCAUUGAGCCAGAUCUGAAUUAAUGGCAUUCCGUAUUUAUACCUGGUAUCUACAGAUUAAAAGCCCCUCUGGAGCCAUGUGCAGGUCCCCAAAAAUUCUCUUUUGCCCAAAUGUUUCCACAGUCACAGCGUUGUGUGCAAUGCAUAACCACAAGUGGGCUGUGCUGUCCCUACUGUGCCUUACACGGAACGAUUUGGCCAGCCUUGUCUUGAAUAAUUACCUACAACCUCAUUAACUUUGGGAGGUUGUGGAGAUGAUGGUUUGGUUGCCUUUGUCACAGUUUAGUACAAACACGAUGCCAGCCUGUCUCUAUUUCCUCUUUCAGCUGCAGGGGACUCGUGUAUUGUACAGCUUUAGAUCCCCAAAGGAAUUAUCUUUCUGCUUUCCAAACAGGAAUGUGUUAUCUGCUGUAUAAAAUACAUAAUUUCUCAAGAAAACAAAGGGCUUUGUUUGAAAAUUGAGAGCUGGAAGUGAUAAAAAAUUUUCUUUCAAGUGACAGUUCAGAUUAUGGCAAUGCUCUUGAUUGCUGAACGACAUUGUUCGAGGCACGGAUCAGAAUUCCAGAGCCAUGAGAUGUAAAAACUUUUGGAAUAAAUAACUUUUGGAAUAUGUUUUUAACUCUCAAUUCCCUCAUCUUGGAUUUGUGGCAAAACUUCUUGACCUGAGUUUUCUUUAGUAAAUCACACCCUGCCCGUUUUUCACGCUGUAUGUCUGAAAAUCCUAUGCCCAUUAUUUCCUACGUGUUUAUAAGGAAAAAGAUACUUGUGUAGAGGGAAGUACAUUGAUCUGAACAUCUUCAGAGCAAAGCCUUCCAGAAACUUUCUCUGGAUAUUUUAGCUACUCAGCACUCUGAAUUGUUUGUUGCAUGCCAGGAGACACCAUGGUGUUGCUCCAUUACUGCUCCAUAUUUUAUGUUAUUAGGAAAUUAGGUUAAACAGUUAUACUGCUCAUAGAUCCUUUUUAGCUGCUUCGCGUUUCAUAUGAGUGCAAGUUAAGAAAUCAAUAAAUCUGUCAGGGAAGGGGGUUUUAUUUUCAGUGCUGUCUCCCAUAAUGUGUCCAGAGGUGAGCAGACAUGACAAAUAAUUGUAAAAUUAUUGAAACUUUAGCAUUAGACCUGGGAAAAUUGGUCUGGAAGUUUGGAUGUUUAGGGUUUCUGAGUAGGAAAGCAGGACAGACACCUUUCUUAAAGGACCAUGACAGAUGGCAUGCAGAUAAUAAAUUCUCUCUAAAAAGAGCAGCUCCUGUUGCAUUUUUUUCUUUUAGGGCUCUAAAACAAUCCAUAAAUGGUCUGCAUCCCCUGGGAGUCACUUGUAGUGUCAUGGGCUCCUAAUUCCUAUUUAGCCAGGGUGUGGAAGAAAGGAAGUAUUUCCAUUUGAACUAUAAAAUGAAAUGGGUGAUUUGGGCCCCUUAGAAACUGAAUGGAUCUUAAGGUAGUCAGUAGAAAUUCCAGAUGAUGGAAGUGAGCCCUAGACCAGGUUGUUACCCAGGUUGAAUUUGCUAUGAGCUGUUGUCACCUCUGCCUGAGGUCUCAGUUUGCUGCUGGCACCAUCAGGGGAGCAGCUGGAAGCCUAUCACUUGAAAGUUUUGCACAUUUACACUCUAAAAAAUAAAAGCUUGCCCCAGAUCACGAUCCUUGUGGUGCAGGGAUCUUAUUUUUAGGGAAAGAGCAGUGGUAGGUUGUAUAGAAGCAAAGCACAGCAAUGACCGUGGGACACAUCAAAGUCCUUCUCAGAGGCUGCAGCUGGACUCAACUUUCCUAAUGCUGUCAGCAAAACAAACAGGAGCAAUUUGAGUUGAGGAUGAGGGAGGAAAAUUAUUUCCCAGCCAGGUGGUCCCUACACCAGGGGCAGAGCUUUUAUUUUCAUGUUAUUUUUGCAGUAAAUGUGGGACUGAUAGGCCUGAAUGGAGCCCAGUCCCAAAGGGAACCCAAAGGUUGAAAUACUUAUGAUCACCUAAUGUUGUGCAAAACGUUUGAAAAUUGGUGAACUGUUCUUCUGUGUCCUGUUUCUGUGUCUUCUUUGGUCACAGCAGUGUGUCAAAGGCAAUUUGUCUCCUCACUUCCUGGUUUCCAACUGUUUGCUGUUUUUUUUUCUGCUGCCUUUUCCUCCUUGAUCUUGCAGGUGAAAAUGGCUGCGGAAGAGAAGUGGAAAGGCUGGGCUUGGAAACAGCAAAAGGCGGCUGAGCCCGGCGGGGAGAGGGAGCCGGGUGUGCUCCUGGGCCGGCAGCUGCCUGAGGCCGGGAGAUUCGCGUACGCGGCGCUGUGCGGCAUUUCCCUCGCCUGGCUGUUCCCUGAAAACGAGCAAAGCUCCUUCAGGACAGAAUUCAUCAAGGGCUUUGUGAAGUGGCUGGACCUGCCUGAUGCUGUCUUACCUGCCAUGACAGCCUUUGCUGAUGGCUUAGGAGGUGAGGGCACAGAAACUUUCACUGAAAUUUUGCUGAAGGAUCCCAUCUUGAAAGAAAAUCCACUUCUUAUUACCCAGGACCUUUUAUCAUUCUCUCUUCAAGAUGGAUCCUAUGAUGCUCGAGCCAGGGUGUUGAUCUGCCGUGUCAGCUGGCUGCUGAGACUUCCCUUGGAAGAUCUGGAAGUCCUGGAGGAAUCUCUGCUUGAGAGCCUGAAGGACCAAAAAGAGGAAGAGUCAGAAACUGCAGAAGUCUCAAGAAAAAAGAAGGAAAGAAGGAAAAAGCUGAAGAGAUACCUGCUGAUCGGUCUGGCAACUGUUGGGGGUGGAACAGUGAUUGGUCUGACAGGAGGCCUGGCUGCCCCUCUGGUUGCUGCGGGAGCUGCCACGAUCAUUGGGAGUGCUGGAGCAGCUGCUUUAGGAUCCACUGCUGGGAUUGCUGUCAUGGCAUCCCUUUUUGGAGCAGCAGGAGCUGGUCUUACUGGAUACAAAAUGAAGAAACGUGUGGGAGCCAUAGAAGAGUUUGAAUUCCUCCCACUUACGGAAGGGAAGCAGCUCCACAUCACCAUAGCAAUCACUGGAUGGCUGUGCACUGGCAAAUAUGGGAGCUUCACAGCCCCGUGGAGCAGCAUGUUGCACUCGAGUGAGCAGUACUGCCUGGCCUGGGAAUCCAAGUACUUGAUGGAGCUUGGCAACGCCUUGGAUUCCCUGCUGAAUGGUUUUGUGAACAUGAUGGCUCAAGAAGCCCUAAAAUUCACUGUCUUGUCAGGGAUUGUGACAGCCUUGACUUGGCCAGCAUCGCUCCUGACGGUUGCCAAUGUCAUUGACAACCCCUGGGGAGUGUGUCUGCACCGCUCUGCUGAAGUGGGCAAACACCUCGCACACAUCCUUCUCAGCAGGCAGCAGGGCCAGAGACCUGUCACACUGAUUGGCUUCAGCCUGGGUGCCAGAGUCAUUUACUUCUGCCUGCAGGAAAUGGCUCAGGAAAAAGACUCACAAGGGAUCAUUGAAGAUGUUGUCUUACUGGGAGCCCCAGUGGAAGGAGAAGCCAAGCACUGGAGAGCUCUCACCAGAGUGGUGUCAGGCAGGAUCAUAAAUGGCUUCUGCAGGGGGGACUGGCUGCUGAGCUUUGUUUACAGAACCUCCUCUGUCAAGCUCAACGUUGCAGGCCUCCAGCCAGUGGACCUGGAUGACAGGAGGAUGGUGAACAUGGACCUUUCCUCUGUGGUAAACGGCCACCUGGACUACAUGAAGCAGAUGGACACAAUCCUAAAAGCUGUGGGCAUUAAAACCAAGGAAUGCCAGCUGGAAGAGAAGGGCAGUGGCAGCCUUUUUUCCCCUCAAGCCAAGCAAUCCCAGCGGGCAGCUGGCAGGGAGGCUCGGGGAGAGGAAAACACCAGGAAAGAGGAGGAUGAGGUUGGGAGUGAGGCUCUCCCAGCCAACUGUGCUCACCAACAGAAUUCCUCCAGCACUGCCCUGGGAGAACCCUCUCCUCCCUGCCCAGACUGCUCACACAGCACAGACAGCAAGGAUCAGGCAGUGGGGAAAGGAGCAAAUUAGGGCAGAGCUGCUCAGCCAGCACAAAAACCGCUGUCAGCACAUCCGUGGCACUGGGACUCCCAGAGGAUGGAGCUGGCGGAGCUGCAGCUGGAUCACAGCGCUUGGAGCAGCCGCCCACAGCACCUCCCCGAGGCGAGAGAGGGCUGAUUCCUGCCUGAGUCUGCGCUGCUCCUCAGGAAUCCCAGACAGAUCCCAUCCAAAUCCUUGCGGGAAGCAGCUGCCCCCCUCAGCACCGUGUCCCUCUGUGACUGGGGGAAGCAGGUGGCUCUGAGGGGAUUGUAAGCAUUUCACAGAAAGGGCUUCAUUACUAGGAAAUUAAAACCAUUUUUCCACUGGAGAUGAAUUUGAGGAUCUGAGGUGUGUUCCAGGCUCUACCUGCCCCACUCCAGAGAGAUCCUCAUCUGCUCUCCAGGUCUGCUGACCAGGAGGGGAAAGGCUCUGGCUGCCAGGCUUCCUUCCCCCACCUGCUGCAGCUUUGCUGCCAGGACUUGGGCACUUUUCCAUCUCCAAGAUGCUUUUCCUGUGUCCAGGCUGGGGCUGGUGGUGCUGGAGGCUCUAUUGCUGUUAGAAACAUGUUUGGGACCCUGGGUGAAAGCAGCAGGAAAACCAAGGGGGUUUUGGAUGGUUUAUGAAAAUUCCUCCCGGGUUCUCCAAGCCAGCAACCCACUGAGACUUUCCUUUUGUGUCCCACAGACAUCUGCAGCCUUAAAAGCCCCAUCCAGACAUAUUUUUAAUUGGCUUAAAAAUAAACCAAUGCUUGGCACAGGA